AUGGCGGAAGGAGGAAUCGACCGCAAGAUGGAGGAGCGCAUGGAGUUUUCGACAUCCAAGGAAGUUCGCGUCGCGCCCACCUUUGAGGCCAUGCACCUGAAGGAGAACCUGCUCCGUGGAAUCUACGCAUAUGGAUACGAAUCUCCCUCUGCCGUUCAGUCGCGCGCUAUCGUCCAGAUCUGCAAGGGUCGCGACACCAUCGCCCAAGCCCAGUCCGGUACUGGUAAAACUGCCACCUUCUCCAUCUCCAUUCUUCAGGUCAUUGAUACCGCUGUGCGCGAGACUCAGGCUCUCGUCCUGUCUCCCACCCGUGAAUUGGCAACUCAGAUUCAGUCCGUGGUUAUGGCCCUCGGCGAUUACAUGAACGUCCAAUGCCACGCUUGUAUCGGCGGCACUAACGUUGGCGAGGAUAUUCGCAAGCUCGAUCACGGCCAGCACGUCGUCUCUGGUACUCCUGGACGUGUCGCUGACAUGAUCCGUCGCCGCAACCUCCGCACUCGCAACAUCAAGAUGCUCGUCCUGGAUGAGGCUGAUGAGUUGCUCAACCGUGGUUUCCGCGAGCAGAUCUACGACGUCUACCGUUACCUUCCUCCUGCCACUCAGGUCGUCGUUGUGUCAGCCACUCUCCCUUACGAUGUGCUCGACAUGACCACCAAGUUCAUGACUGACCCCGUUCGUAUCCUCGUCAAGCGUGAUGAGUUGACCCUGGAAGGUCUCAAGCAAUACUUCAUCGCUGUUGAGAAGGAAGAAUGGAAGUUCGACACUCUUUGCGAUCUUUACGACACCCUCACCAUCACACAAGCCGUCAUUUUCUGCAACACCCGCCGCAAGGUCGACUGGCUUACCGACAAGAUGCGUGAGGCCAACUUCACCGUGUCCUCCAUGCACGGUGAGAUGCCUCAGAAGGAGCGUGACAGCAUUAUGCAAGACUUCAGACAAGGCAACUCAAGAGUCCUCAUCUCGACUGAUGUCUGGGCUCGUGGUAUCGAUGUUCAGCAAGUCUCUCUUGUCAUCAACUACGAUUUGCCCAGCAACCGUGAGAACUACAUCCACAGAAUUGGUCGUAGUGGAAGAUUCGGCCGCAAGGGUGUUGCCAUCAACUUCGUCACCAGCGAGGACGUCAGAAUUCUUCGUGACAUCGAGCUUUACUACUCUACCCAGAUUGAUGAGAUGCCCAUGAACGUCGCCGACCUGCUUACCUGA